CUCUCGCGAGGGUUGGGAGGGGCGGUGGGCGGGGCCUGGGUGCCACGUCUGGUGUGAGCCCGGCGCUUCUGCCUUCUCUGCCUGCGGGAGCCGGGACGAUGGCCAGGAACGGCGGCGGCGGCGGAGGGCUCCGAGGGGCCCCGGUGGCGGCCCUGGCGGUCUGCGCGGCGUUGCUGUGCGCCGCCUCCGCCCAGCACGGGGACGCGCGCCACGGGCACUCCCACGGAGGACACGGCUGCCACGGGCACACGCACGAGCACAUCUGGCACGGCCCGGGGCCCGGAGGCCCCGCCCACGAGGGCCACAGCCACGCCCACUCCCACCAGGGCCACGCCCACUCCCACCAAGGCCACGCCCACUCCCACGGGGAACGCCUGCACGAGAGCCCCGCGGGGUCCCCCAAAGGCUCCUUCGGGCAGAGGGGGGCCCCGGCCAGGAGGGAGAAGCUGGAGCCCUUCCGCCUGUGGAGCUACGCCCUGGGGGCGACCCUCCUGAUCAGCGCCGCCCCCUACUUCAUCCUCUUCCUGAUCCCGGUGGAGUCCAACAGCCCCCAGCACCAGGCCCUGCUCAAGCUCCUGCUCAGCUUCGCCUCGGGGGGCCUCCUGGGGGACGCCUUCCUGCACCUCAUCCCCCACGCCCUGGAGUCCCAUGCUCCCCACGGAGAAGAAAGCGGCAGCCACGGCCAUUCCCACGCCAAGCCCUCCGGCCACGGCCACUCCCACCAAGGCCCCAAGCACCAGCACACGAUGGCCGUCGGCCUCUGGGUCCUGAGCGGCAUCGUGGCCUUCUUGGUGGUGGAGAAGUUUGUCAGGCACGUCAAAGGGGGACACGGACACAGCCACGGACACAGCCACGCCGCCAAGGCCACCAAGGCCAAGAGCAGCGAUGACGAAGGGGAGGAGGAGGAGGGGGUCGGAGGGCCGGCAGGGGAAGCAGCCGCCCCAACUGCCAGGAAGACGGAGGAGCCUCCGGAGUCUGCCAUGCGUGUAGCCGGCUACCUCAACCUGGCCGCCGACUUCGCCCACAACUUCACGGACGGGCUGGCCCUGGGCGCCUCCUUCGUGGCGGGCAGCACCGUCGGCGCCAUCACCACCCUCACCGUGCUGCUCCACGAGGUGCCCCAUGAAGUGGGCGACUUCGCCAUCCUCGUCCAGUCCGGCUGCACGAAGCGGAAGGCCAUGAAGCUGCAGCUGGUGACGGCCCUGGGGGCGCUGGCGGGCACGGUCUGCUCCCUGCUGGCGGAGGGCGUGGGCGAGGCGGCCACCGCCUGGAUCCUGCCCUUCACGGCCGGCGGCUUCAUCUACGUGGCCACCGUCUCUGUGAUCCCGGAGCUCCUGCAGGAGGCGGGGCUGGUCCAGUCCUUGAUGGAGGUGCUGAGCCUGCUGGGCGGCGUAGUCAUGAUGGUCUUCAUCGCCCGAUACGAGUAGAGAGGUCGAGGCGGAGAUGCUGGCGUCCGGGGGGGGAGGGGGCUGCUGGAAGGAGCCAGCCGUGCCCGCAGGGGGCGCCUCCUCCUCCUCCCCCACGCUGCUCCAGAGGAUUCCACGGGAGGCCCAGCUGUCCCCGUCCUCCAGGGCAGCGACAGGAGCAGGAAACGGGUCUGGCCGUCCAGGGGACCAACUUGUCUGUCCCACGGGGCACCCUGGGAAUCGGUGCACCUGUACUGUACGUGUGUGUGUGUGUGUGUGUGUAUGUGUGUGUGGGAGGGGGUGACGAGUUGGACACUUCCUUGCAAUUCCAGGGGGAGGAUUUGCACAGCCCCCCCAAUCUUUCUUCUGGACGGUGCAGAUCGCAUUUCCUGCGUUUCCUGUCUCUUCCUCCCACGCCUGGCCUGCUGUGGGAAAAGGGGCAGAGGGGAGGAAAGAAAAAUCAUGCUUUUUUGGGGGGGGGGAGCUGCCAUGUUUGUGUGCGAGUGAGUGUGUGAGAGGUUUCCUGCAUACAUUUCUUUCCUAUCUCCCUUUUUUUUAUAUGACGGUGGGGUCAAAUGGGGGCAGGAUUUGUAAGCAGAAGGAGCGGGGGGGGGGGGAAGGGCUGCCCCCUGGAAAGCUGCCAAGGGCUCCCGGCCUCUUAUCUAAGGAGACGUGGCCAUCGGUCACCCGGCUGAGUUUCCGGGAAGGGGGGGGGGAGGAGGAGGAGGAGGAGGAGCCCUGAAUGGGAGCAAGGACUUCAAUAAACACGUCCAGACUCAAA